AUGGCUGCUUUCUGGGAGAUGAUGGGUGUUGAUGUCGAUGCUGGGCCAACUACUGAACAGAUAAAAGCAGCAUUUAGGAGAUGCGAGGAGUGGUCUCGGGAUGAUCGCAUGCGGCUCGGAUACCUUGCCAUCUUCACUAGAUUCAUUGAAGGGAGAAAUUACUCAACCGCUACACGGGCUAGUCUUGCAAGGCUAGUGAUGGAUUUAGAAAGAUUUGAGAAUUAUCCUUGGGGGGGAGUGGUGUUUAAGGUGCUGAUAGAGUCUUUGAAGGGAAAAGAUUUGGAAUCAAAUUCAUACACUGUUGAUGGGUUUAUUCAAGUUCUCCAGGUAUGGGUGUACUUUGCUUUGCCAGAAUUUGGUGCUAAUUAUGGGCAUCCCCUACCAAACAGAACGUCUCCGCUGUUGAUGGCUUACAAUGGUGGCAAAGGACGCAGAUUUUGUAAAGAGGCCAUUAGCAGACAUACUAGCGUGAUCAACUUCGUCCAAAAGGACUUUGCUGAGAUGUUUCCACGAUGGGACUUUGAUGAAGUCACCGGUACUAAACCGAGUGUGAAGAAGGAAGUGAGUGCAGCAGAGACAGAUAGUGGUGUGAAGGAGGAAAAUGCAAGACCUCAGAAGAAAGCUCGUAAAGAGGUUCGUAAAGAGGCUUCUAUUGAGGCUAGUAAAGAGGUUCUUAAAGAGGCUUCUGUUGAGGCUAGUAAAGUGCCUUCUGCUGAGGCUUCUACGUCUGUUGGUGGGAUGACCAAGGAGCAUAUUGAAAAAAGCUUGAGGGACAUAGCUGAUGUCAUGAGGGAUGGGUUUGGGAUGUGCCUUAAGGAGAUCAAGUUGCUGGGGGAUUGGAUUGAAGCUAUGGAGAAGAAGGUGGGAAUCACCAAAAAAGGGACUGCAUCUAAUGAACUUCAACUCACAACUUCAAAUCCGGAAAAGGGUGGGCACGAACCCGGGAGCGAAAGUGUGAAUGAGGCGAAAGCAGAACAUAAUGACCCCCAAGAACCGAGUUCCUCGAAAGAUCGGAGUCUUGUGAUAACAAAUGAGUACAAAGGAGUACCCACUGAGGGGAAACCUACAGAACAAAGUGGUGAACCUAGCGUUCUUGUAUUGGACAAAGGAGUACCCACUGAUUCAGAUUUACAGAAGGAGGAAACUAGAAGGCAGAGAAAGAGGAAUGCUGCUAUGGGAAAUAACACUGCCAAAGUGAUCAUUCCAAACAAAAGGGUUGGUCAAGGCUAUGAUCCUUUUGCACCUGUUGACAAGAAGAUGUCGAAGAUGCUCACUGAUUGGUUGUCCCACAAGUACCGGGAAUUUAAGAGCGACGAGGACGACAUCAACGACUUAGGAAGAAGACUCCCUGGUGGGGCGUGGAAUUAUCAUGCAGGCAUUGUACCAUUAUUUUGCCAAUCUAUGAAGGUUUGGGGGUUGGAUGUGGAUGAUAUUUAUGUGCCAGUGAACUUCAGGAACGAGCAUUGGAUUGCUAUUUGGAUAUUGAUCCCUAAGAAGCACAUAGUCGUCUGGGACAUCAUUAUAUCACAUAUUAGAGCUGUAGAACUCGAUGAGCUCAUGGAGCCUUUCGUCACAAUGGUCCCUUAUCUGCUUGUUGAGUGCGCUGGCUCUGACGAAGAACGUUCCCGAGCUGGUGACUGUGGCGUGUUCGCUCUGAAGUACAUCGAAUGUCAUGUUCUUGGGAUAUCAUUUCCUCCAGAGUUUUGUACCAAGAACGCGAAGGCUAUAAGGGAGAAGAUGGCGUUGGAUAUAUUUAAGGAGACUCCUGAAGGCCAUUCAAAAGUGAACGAAGACAAUGAUGAGACCCUGAGAACUUAUGACGAGCAAGGUUAA